ACCGGGCUGCACUUCAGUCGCUUUGACAGAAACGCUAAAGAGACAGAACAUCAACAUCAAACCGUCUGUUUAUAAGUUUUAACCUUUUUUCCCCCUGAAAAUGGCAGAGCUUCGGCACCGCGGCGGUACAAGUGAACAUGACCUACAGCAGCAGCAGGCCGACGAUAAGGGUUCAGAGAUGGAGGACAGGAUGGAGAAAGAAGGUGGAGCAUCAGACAGCGAGUCCAAGCCCGAAUCCGCUGUACCCGAAGUUACCGCCCCCUCUGAUGACACCCCUGAGGUGCUGAAUAAAGCCCUGUCAGGCCUGUCGUCACGGUGGAAAAAUUGGUGGGUGAGAGGAAUCCUUACUCUGGCCAUGAUCUCCUUCUUCUUCUUCAUCAUUUAUCUCGGCCCAAUCGUGCUGAUGAUGAUCGUGUUAGUUGUGCAGAUAAAAUGUUUCCAAGAGAUCAUCACCAUCGGCUACAGCGUGUAUCACUCCUACGACCUGCCCUGGUUCAGGACACUCAGCUGGUAUUUCCUCUUGUGUGUGAACUACUUCUUCUACGGUGAGACGGUGACUGAUUACUUCUUCACGCUGGUGCAGAGGGAGGAGCCGCUGAGGAUUCUCAGCAAAUAUCAUCGCUUCAUCUCUUUCGCCCUCUAUCUCUCUGGGUUCUGCAUGUUCGUAUUGAGCCUGGUGAAGAAACACUACCGGCUGCAGUUCUACAUGUUUGGCUGGACCCAUGUGACCCUGCUGAUUGUGGUCACUCAGUCGCACCUCAUCAUCCACAACCUGUUUGAAGGCAUGAUCUGGUUUAUCGUACCUAUCUCCUGUGUCAUCUGUAAUGACAUCAUGGCCUACAUGUUCGGGUUCUUCUUCGGCCGAACUCCACUCAUCAAGCUGUCUCCUAAGAAGACGUGGGAAGGAUUUAUUGGUGGAUUUUUCUCCACCAUAGUGUUUGGGAUCCUGUUGUCCUAUUUCAUGGCAGGUUAUCGUUACUUUGUGUGUCCAGUGGAGUUUAAUAACGAUUCGAACAGGUUCACGGUGGACUGUGAGCCCUCAGAGCUCUUCCAGCUGCAGGACUACAUACUGCCCUCUGUCCUGCAGUCCGUCACUGGCUGGACCACAGUGAAGCUUUACCCCUUCCAGAUCCACAGCAUCGCUCUGUCCAGCUUCGCCUCCCUCAUGGGACCUUUCGGAGGAUUCUUCGCCAGCGGAUUCAAAAGGGCCUUCAAGAUUAAGGACUUUGCCAACACCAUUCCUGGUCACGGAGGAAUUAUGGACCGCUUCGACUGUCAGUACCUCAUGGCCACCUUCGUCAACGUUUACAUCGCCAGCUUCAUCAGAGGUCCAAACCCGAGUAAAGUGAUCCAACAGUUACUGGCCCUGAGACCCGACCAGCAGCUGUACAUCUACAACUCUCUGAAAGCUCACCUCACUGAGAGAGGCCUGCUGGGGGCGCUGGAGGAGGCAGCCUAAAGCCUGACACUGCACUGGAAACAGGCAGAACCCUGAGAGCCAGAGAGAGAGUCUGGGAGAACGCAGGGUCACGGGUCGUCCUGCAGCAGGAGCCAUGUGGAGGUGGGAGACUCGAAGAUCCAGAUCAGGAAAAAAGAAAAAAAAAUCAAAAGCCUUGGGUCAUUCCAUAUUGUUUGUGUGUGUGCCUUGUGUGUGUGUGUGCCUUGUGUGUGUGUGUGCCUUGUGUGUGUGUGCCUUGUGUGUGUGUGCCUUGUGUGUGUGUGCCUUGUGUGUGUGUGCCUUGUGUGUGUGUGUGUGCCUUGUGUGUGUGUGUGUGCCUUGUGUGUGUGUGUGCCUUGUGUGUGUGUGUGUGCCUUGUGUGUGUGUGUGUGUGCCUUGUGUGUGUGUGUGUGUGCCUUGUGUGUGUGUGUGCCUUGUGUGUGUGUGUGUGCCUUGUGUGUGUGUGUGUGUGCAUUGUGUGUGUGUGUGUGCCUUGUGUGUGUGUGUGUGUGCCGUGUGUGUGUGUGCCUUGUGUGUGUGUGUGUGUGUGCCGCGUGUGUGUGUGUGUGCCGCGUGUGUGUGUGUGCCGCGUGUGUGUGUGCCGCGUGUGUGUGUGUGCCGUGUGUGUGUGUGUGCCUCGUGUGUGUGUGUGUGCCUCGUGUGUGUGUGUGUGCCUCGUGUGUGUGUGUGUGCCUCGUGUGUGUGUGCCUCGUGUGUGUGUGUGUGUGCGCCUCGUGUGUGUGUGUGCCUCGUGUGUGUGUGUGCCUUGUGUGUGUGUGUGCCUGUGUGUGUGUGCCUUGUGUGUGUGUGCCCGUGUGUGUGUCCCCGUGUGUGUGUGCCCCUGUGUGUGUGUGUGCCCCUGUGUGUGUGUGCCCGUGUGCCCGUGUCUGUGUGUGCCCGUGUGUGUGUGCCCGUGUGUGUGUGCGCGUGCCCGUGUGUGUGCGCGUGUCUGUGUUAGCGUGUGUGUGUGUGCAUGUGCGUCUGUGUGUUAGCAUUUAGUCAGUGUUUAUUAUUACUAUCUUUUUUUUUUUUUUUUUGUGAAAUACUGUAUGUUCUUUCUUUUAUACCAGAUAAGAUAAAUAUUAUACACCGUGUGACGUCCCACAUUUUCUUCCAUUAUGAGUCACGCACGUGUGUAAAGUGUAUCUAUCAUCUGUAUUGUGAAUAUUUGAAUAUUUUAGGGGGUAUAUAUAUAAAUAUUAUAUUCUAAUGAUUAUAAUUCUAAUUAUGUUUGAAAUGUUUUGUAUUUUAUUUAGUUUUUAACGCACUGCUCCGCUCGCUGCACUGUUCAGGUUCAUGCUCGCGAUCACGUCCAGGGGAGAAGAUCCAGUUUUGUUCGUUUGUUUUUUUUUUCAUCAAGCCAUCCGUCAGAUACAAAGGGAUUUUUAGAAGGAUACAGAUUUAAAGAAACAAAAACAUUUCCGUGCAGUUGACAAGUCAGGAUGUGUUUAGUGUCUGACGUGUGUGUGUGUGUGUGUGUGUGUGUGUAGAUAACAAAGUGAAGAAUAAACAGGACAGGAAGUGCUGAUACAGUAAAGUAAUCCACGUCUGGCUCGUCUGAUGUCAUCACCACCUUGAACUGGAUUAUUUUCCCGUGACAGCACACACCAGAGUCUUCUAUUCCUCUUAGAAAACGGGGGUUUAUUAUUUUUAUCACAGAAGGAAGGUCUGAGGCAGGUCCUGUUGUUGCUGAUGUUCUAGCAGCUAUAAACACUUGUUCCAUCAGCAUCCUCUCGUUAUUGUCUUUACAGAUUAAUUAGUAAGAUACAAACGCAGCCUGUUACAUCAUGUCACCUGACUGUUACAAAGUGCUGACACUGGAAACUCCUUCGUUACGUGUUACACGUUCAGUUCACCAGUGAUCCCAUUAAUAUAUGGAUGUGGUAGCUCAGUGGUUAAGGUGUUGUGCUACUGAUCGGAAGGUCAUGGGUUUGAACCCCAGGUCCACCAAGCUGCCACUGCUGGGCCCCUGGGCAAGGCCCUUAACCCUCAGUUGCUCAGUUGUAAGUCACUCUGGAUAAGGGUGUCUGCUAAAUGCCGUAAAUGUAAAUUAAUAAUGCUGUCUUUAAAAAAAAUAAUUUACAGAUACACUUCCGUGUUUAGCGUUUAGGCCACGCCUCCUGGUGCAGAGCGACGUCACAAACAUACAGGCUGAGGAAUAAAGACUUUUAAGAGAUUUAUUAAGUGUCAUUUUGAGCAUUUUUACAGAAACUUUUGCCAAAAUCUUUCUCUUCCUGUCCGAUUUUUCCUGUUCGAUGCCAACACGUCUGACACCAAACACGUCUCGCUGCUGAUUAGAAUUAUUGUUAGAAUAAAAAGUGACCUCAUUGUAAACCUGUGAACAUUUUUGGUGUUGCACUGAUGUGUGCUGUGCUCUUCACCUGGACGUGUUCAGUAUUAGCUUAGCGCUCUGAUAAUCAUGAACCCAAAUGUCCUUUUGUUUGUUUUUGUUUACUUCCUAUGUGCCCUUCCAUGUUGCAUUGUGUUUGAUGUGUGAUGCAGUCGUGUAGGUCACAUGACGACGUCGUGUUUGUUUGUAUCUGUGAUCCACGUAGACACUGUUUUUAACGCUCUGUUGUAUUACCAGGAGAAAAAAAAGCUAGUUCAGGUCAGCAGUGCAAUAACACGUCACUGAAGCUAGACUUCUGUACCUCACCUCUUUCUUUACAUCCAUUAUCUUCAUGUCUGUUCUGCCAUCCAACGUUCCCGUAAUGUUUCUGUAACAUUUCUGUCACAUGACACUUUCAACCCUGUUACAAUUUCAACAUGCAUCAAGUUUCAGUUCCGUUACAGUGAAAUUUACGCGAUUGGCCGAGACUUUUAUCCUGAUCGUGGGCUCUGAUUGGCUCAGAUGUUUAUCCAGUCAGGUUACGAAAUUUUCUUUGUACUCCGUUAAGAUUUGUAAGCUUUAUCCUGGAUCAUUAAACAGGAGAGGAGGAAACCUCAGCUGUUUUGUGUUCUAGACGUUUUACGUUCAGAAGUAACGUAACUGAAACGGAACCUCGAGGGUCGAGGGCCGUCAUUUCUUUCUCCUGUCCUGAUUGUGUUCACGAUCCACUGCCGAGCACCAAAUAAAACCUACAGCUACUGAUAUUUCCAA